CUCCUACCAAAAUCGCAGCCCUGUGAAACCGGGGCUCUCAUUCAGAGCUUUCUAGAGAAAUCUGAUCCCGAACCUGGCAGAAUAGGGGAUUUCACCCACUCAGCUCAGCAACGAGGACACCUGCAGAAACACAUUCCCAAAGCAAGGCUGAGGGACCCUGUGAAGUUAGCAAUGGCAUCGGUUUUGCUUCUCUUUUGGAUGGCUACUACUAAAUAGAUGUGAAGUUCCUGCUGCUUUCAGGAGCAGAAAGAAGACCUUCCAUUUGUCUACUUCACUGCAGUUUGGUAGUAAAAAAAAAAGAAAAAAAAAAGAAUUGAAUGGGCCACAAUUCCAGGAGAUCAUCAGGUGAAUGGGACCAGCCUCUCUUCCCAAAUAUCAGAAAUUAAGCAGUUGGAAAGGAGAUUUGGCCAAGAUGACCCAUUUACAAGCUGGACUCAGUCCAGAGACUAUAGAAAAAGCUCGCCUGGAACUGAAUGAAAACCCAGAUAUCUUACAUCAGGAUAUUCAGCAAGUCAGGGACAUGAUCAUCACCAGGCCUGACAUUGGAUUUUUACGUACAGAUGAUGCCUUCAUCCUAAGAUUUCUCCGAGCCAGGAAGUUUCACCAAGCAGAUGCCUUUAGACUCCUGGCUCAGUACUUCCAGUACCGCCAAUUAAACCUGGACAUGUUCAAAAACUUCAAGGCCGAUGAUCCUGGCAUUAAGAGGGCUCUCAUCGAUGGCUUCCCUGGAGUGCUGGAAAACCGAGAUCACUAUGGCAGGAAGAUUCUUCUACUGUUUGCAGCCAAUUGGGAUCAGAGUAGAAACUCCUUCACAGACAUCCUCCGUGCCAUUCUGCUGUCCUUGGAAGUCCUUAUUGAAGAUCCAGAACUUCAGAUCAAUGGUUUCAUUUUAAUUAUAGACUGGAGUAAUUUUUCCUUCAAGCAAGCCUCCAAACUGACACCUUCAAUCCUCAAACUGGCCAUUGAAGGUUUGCAGGACAGCUUUCCUGCACGCUUUGGAGGAGUCCAUUUCGUGAACCAGCCCUGGUACAUCCACGCCCUGUACACGCUCAUCAAGCCAUUCCUUAAAGACAAGACCAGGAAGCGGAUUUUCCUGCAUGGAAACAAUUUAAACAGCCUUCACCAGCUAAUCCACCCUGAAUUUUUGCCCUCUGAAUUUGGAGGCACCCUUCCUCCCUAUGACAUGGGAACAUGGGCCCGGACAUUGCUGGGUCCUGACUACAGUGAUGAAAAUGACUAUACGCACACUUCCUAUAAUGCGAUGCAUGUGAAACACACGUCCUCCAAUCUGGAAAGAGAAUGCUCGCCUAAGCUGAUGAAGAGAUCUCAGUCUGUGGUAGAAUCUGGGACUCUGAAACAUGAGGAGAAGGGAGAGAAUGAGAAUACUCAGCCACUCCUGGCUCUGGACUGAACCUCAAGUCCCCCCCAUAGUUCUGCAUAUCGCCAGCCUUCAGUGGGAUCAGCCACCAGGAAGCACAUGAGCAAGUGACCCACACAGACAUGCGUUCAGCUUGACGCAAGGCCCUUCACUCCUGCCGCCUAGUGAUGACUGUCACCAGCCCAUUGGUCUGAACAGCCAAAGUUGAAUAAAGACUUGAGAGAUGCUUUUUUU